GAUAAGUAAGAGCAAGUUUUAUUCCAAAUAGCAGUAAUAUGUCCUUGAUUCACAAAGAAUCGUUGGUGAAAUUGGUUCAGCAGUCAAGUAGGAAUGCACAAUUAGUUGCCAAGCUGAGUGUGACUUCCAUGGGACAGCAACCAGUAAUUACCGGUGCUUCCUUGGCGCUGGCUACCCCCUAUAAAUCAACCACGAUGACUAAAUCUCCCCUCCGUCAAAACAACCUACUGAAAUUCACAGCGGUUCCACCAAGACAUAAUAUCAACAAUAAACCUGAUGAAAUCAAUAAAUUUGAACUUGAGAAAAAGGCAAAUUUAGGAGCAAUGAUAGAAACGUUGAAGGCAGCAAUACCCAACAUCUUGGAAAAAUCUUUGGACAAAUCAUUGAUUUCCCCCGAUAUAUUCUUUAGAUUUUGUCCUCUGCAUUUUGACGAGGAUUACUUGCCCAGUUUAAAGGGACCAGUUACGUACUAUGCCACUUGUAAAGCACUUCAGUUGUUUGUAAGUUCAAUUAUCUUGAGCCCCAAGGUUAAACUCCAUAUCCAGUCUAUUCGAAUUCACACUGGCCCUGAUGCACAACUGAUGUUCGAUGACACCACAAAAAUAAUCGUUAGGUGGUCUACUUGUCCCGAAGGGUGCUAUCAUUUGGAAGGUGGCGAAGAUGAGCAGAGUCAUUCUACAUCACAGGCAAACUUGGGGGCACACAGUUGGUCGAAACUAGAUACUAUGAGAUUGCUAAAUCAGAAUCAUGUCGAUUCAAAAGUGUCACUUGCUACUACAUUGACAAAAUUGCCAGCUACAUUGAUUGGAUUGACUAAAGAAAAUAAGAAGUUGGAGAGGGUUAUAUCAGGAUUGUUUAUCUUUGAGUUGACCGAUGACAACUCUCAGGUGUUGGUCCAUACAAUUGAAGAUAUGGAUAUUAUUGAGAGAUUUGCGCCUGAUGAUGUAGAUAGCUUGACCCCUUGCUGAUUCCACCGGAUGGAAUGAUAAAUGAGAGACAUGCUAAAUUAACUUGUAAAUAAUUAAUGUGUAUAUAUAUAAAGCUGAGAAUAAAUUUGAUUCU